AUGCUUCUUGCCCAAGGCAUAGUUCCUUCAAGCGCCACCUUCCCGUCAAAUGCAGGUAGGAGUCUGGACCUGGGAGAUGACUAUGAUGUGGAUGAGCAACCAACCAGCAUUGGCCGUAUCAAGCCUGAACUCUACAAGCAAAUGACCACAGAGAACGACGAAUCCGGCAACAGCAAAGGCGGCAAAAACUGCGGCAAGAUCAACUUUUCCCUCCGCUAUGACUAUGAGAACGAGAUGUUGCUUGUCAAGAUACUCAAGGCAUUUGAUCUCCCAGCCAAAGACCUUUGCGGCAGCUCCGACCCGUAUGUCAAGAUCUACCUGCUGCCGGAUCGGAAGCAGAAGUUCCAGACACGAGUUCACCGUAAAACGCUCAACCCCACGUUUGACGAGUCCUUCCAGUUUCCGGUACCCUACGAUGAGCUUCCCGUCAGGAAACUCCAUCUCAGUGUUUUCGACUUUGACAGGUUCUCACGGCACGAUAUGAUCGGGGAGGUCAUACUGGACAAUCUGUUUGAAGUGUCUGAUCUCUCAAGGGAGACCUCCAUCUGGAAAGACAUUCAGUAUGCUACCUCUGAGAGCGUGGACCUUGGGGAGAUCAUGUUCUCACUCUGCUACCUACCUACGGCGGGCAGAUUAACACUCACUGUCAUCAAAUGCAGGAACCUAAAGGCAAUGGACAUUACAGGAUAUUCAGAUCCCUAUGUGAAAGUAUCCCUCAUUUGUGAUGGAAGACGCCUGAAAAAGAAGAAGACCACAACAAAGAAAAACACCCUGAAUCCCACUUAUAAUGAGGCCAUUAUCUUUGACAUCCCUCCAGAAAGCAUGGACCAAGUCAGCUUGCACAUCUCAGUCAUGGACUAUGACCUGGUGGGGCACAAUGAGAUAAUUGGUGUGUGCCGUUUGGGCAGUAGUGCUGAAGGUUUAGGUAGAGACCACUGGAACGAGAUGCUCGCAUACCCCCGAAAACCAAUUGCACACUGGCACCCCCUGCUGGAACCAAAAAAGUCUGAAAAAGAGUGGAAAGCUAGAACGGCAAGUUUUGACAGCCAGGGGUCUUGUCCCUCCCCCAAACCUCCCGCCAGCCCUUGAUCAGAGCCAUAUGUAAAACUACAGGCUCGGGAUCCUCCGUUUGCCACUCGGAUGAAAACGAGAGCCCUGCUAUUUCCAAUUUCACCUAUGGGUUGUUUUAGAUGGUUCCCAAACACUGAUCUAAGAUCCUGCUGUCUUUGCUGUCUGAUGUUCCUCAUGUUCAAGCUGUUCCAGUCCGUACGAUCCUCAGUCAAUUCUUGGGAGUGUUGUACAAACCUAGAAUACUAUUCAAAAGCCAACGUCGUGUUCCUAGAAUAGCUCGGUAUCGUCAGCGGAGAUGUUUCGUUCCAAUAUGAAUUUUCCUGAAGCAGUUGAAAUCCGACGCGGUGUUCUGCAAGCGGUCUACGCGCAAACAGAAGUUUCCG